CACAACAAAACUGACAAUAAUAAAAAUAUCAAAAACAUUUUACUAUCCUUGCUAAAGAUACUAUUUUCAUAAUUAAUGUUAUUUUUAUUUAACACACUAAUGUAACACUGUAAGUACUCAUGGAUGAUAAACAGGAAAGUGAAGAUAAGAAAGACGACGAAUCAACAAACUCUCAGGACGCCACUUAUGAAAAAAAGAACAGUGAACAGUAUAUCAAAAGAAUAAAGGAUAUAGGGCUAUGUCCUAUGCAAGAUGGAGCAGGACCUUCGAAGGCUAACGAAUCAUUACCAGGCAGCACUCAAACAGUACCGAAAACCUUCUUGAUAAAACCUGGACUCUCUAAAUCUGAGCAAAACAUCCGGCACAUAUUCACGACAGAAUAUGUCUCUGACGCUAUCAGAGUCGCCCGCGAUAACAUCAAACUCCACAAAACUGAUGAUCCCCUGGUCAAGAAUCAAAAAGACAUACCAGCAGCUUUAGAACUUAGUGAUCUUGUCGUUUCCAUAUGCAGCAAACUUGGGCCUUUCAACGAAAUAUCUGUAACUGGAGUCAACAAUGUUACGUUGGUUGAUGAAAACGUAGAUUGCAGUUCUAUUGUAACUAAUAAUUUGGUACAAACUGAUAUUGGAUUGAAGGUUGUGAACCAAGUGAUAGUCACGCAUCCAGAGGAACCGAAGAUACCUAAAUAUGAGCCUGAUGCUGCUAGCAAGAAGAAGGAUGGAUCGUUAGCAUCAGAUUUUCCGACGCAAAGAGAUUCGCUUUCCAGCAUCGGAUCUAAUGUGUGCAGGAUCUGUAUGACGAAGGGUAGAGAGAGGCUAAUAUCGCCGUGCAACUGCAAGGGUUCUCUGGCGAAUGUCCACCUGACGUGUCUGGAGCGCUGGCUGAACCAGGUCGGGAGAAACCACUGCGAGCUAUGUGGAUACAGCUACCCCGCCAUAAGAACGCCGCGGUACACGGUGCUGCAAGCGUUGCGCCUGUGGUUCGGCAAUCCAAGGAAUCGCAGCCAUUUGCAGUCGGACUGCCUGAUAUUCUGGCUGCUAUCCACCGUGACAGCCGGCCUUCUCGCGGUGUGUGUCGUCGGAACACAGUAUUUUGUCAUCGAGGGGACAAAAUACGGUAAGCACGGCCUCAGGAAGCAGAAUGAAGGCAUAUCCCACCGGAUCACCGAAACCGCCAUGGACUUCUUCAUGGCCCUAGUGCUCUGUGGCUACUCUGUGACGGUCUACCUUCUGUGGAAGGACCACUACGUCAUGUGGAACCGGUGGAGACGAGCCAACGUCAACGUGCGUCUCUUACUGGGACCUGAUGCGACGCCUGUGCCGUUUGUGCCGCGGCCGAACUACCAUGUCGUGUGAACGAAGUUCUGUUUAGUUGAAAUAAAGUUAUUCUGUGCUGUUUUUA